ACAGGAGGUGGUGUUGUUGUCUCAGAGCGCUAACAUGGAGGUGUUGUUGUUGUCAAUCAGAGUGCUAACAUGGAGGUGUUGUUGUUGUCUCAGAGUGCUAACAUGGAGGUGUUGUUGUUGUCUCGAGUCCUAACACGGAGGUGGUGUCCCGGAUGUACCUGGCUCUGGUUCUCUUCUCCCUCCUGAAGGAUCUGAACCUCUGGAUCGUGUCGGAUCGUUUCCAGAUGAGUCGAGGAUUCAUCCAGAGUUUACUGAGCUCCUCCUCUGCCUUCUGCUCCUGCGUGCUGCACUUCACUGAGGAGCUGGAGGAGUUCUGGCCGUUCAGAGCUCUGCUGACGGAGCUGACCCGCAGGCUGAGUUACUGCGUGACCUCUGAACUCAUCCCUCUGAUGGAGGUGGCCGGGGUCAUGGAGGCCCGAGCGAAGCAGCUUUAUAACGCCGGCUAUAAGACGCUGACUCACCUCGCCAACGCUGACCCGGCAGUCCUCAGCAACACCUUAGAAAACCUGCACCGAAAGCAGGCCAAUCAGAUCGUGGCGUCCGCUAAGAUGCUUCUGAGUGAGAAGGCGGCCGCUCUGCAGGAGGAGGUGGACGACCUGCUGACGCUGCCCAAAGACCUGCCCUCUGCUCCUCUCAGAGCACUCUGAUUCAUCCUCUGCUCGUUAGGAUGUGUGAAAGCAGAAACACUGUAAAGUAUAUUUAAAAUAAAAGCGGCUGGACCUUA